AUGACUGUGGCCAGUGAGACGCUUUCGUAUACGGAUGACACGGCCAUGAGCAGGUCGGUGGUGCAGUCCCUCCUAGCCAAGCGAGAGUUUGAUGAAGUUGAUAUGGCCAAGAGAUUCGCUGAGGAGUACAAGAAGGAACCCAACAGGGGCUAUGGGAUGGCUGUUGUCAACGUCUUCAAGAAGCUCCUGAGCCCCAAGUGCAAUGAUGUGUUUGAACCAGCAAGAACCCAGUUUAAUGGGAAAGGUUCCUACGGCAAUGGUGGUGCCAUGAGGGUUGCAGGCAUCUCACUUGUGUAUUCUGAUGUCCAGGAUGUUAAGAAGUUUGCCAAGCUGAGUGCUGAGUUAACCCAUGCCAACUCCCUGGGCUACAAUGGGGCCAUCCUGCAGGCCCUGGCAGUGCAUCUCGCCCUCCAGGGAGAACUCAGCAAGGAGACCUUCCUGGAGCAACUCAUCAGCCACAUGGAAGAUGUAGAGGCAGAUGAUAAGUCUCUUACUGAUGCCCGAGCGCUGGGAUUUGAGGAUUUACCAUUUUCAAGGCGUCUAAAGAAAAUAAAGGAAUUUUUGGAGCUCAGCAGUGUUCCCAAAGCAGAUGUAUUGUUUGAAUUAGGCAAUGGCAUUGCUGCUUUGUGGUCUGUCCCUACUGCAAUUUACUCCUUCUUGCGCUGUAUGGAAGCUGACCCAGAUAUUCCUGAUCACUACAGCAACCUGCAGAGGACCAUCAUCUACUGUAUCUCUCUGGGUGGAGACACAGACACCAUUGCUACCAUGGCAGGAGCCAUUGCAGGGGCUUAUUAUGGGGAGGAACAGAUACCCCCAAGUUGGGAGCAGAGCUGUGAAGCUUUUCAAGAGACACAGAAGCUGGCCAAUAGCUUGUAUGAACUCUACUGCCAGCGGCUCUGAGCUGCAAGGGGAGCAUGUUUUCUGAAGGCGGAGUGGGUGGUCACCUCGGCUUUUCUGUUGAGAAACCUGGUGGUGGAUCCGCACCAUCUGCAGAUGCCAGUGAGCCUCCACCUGGGAAAGCCGCCUGCUGCUGUGAGUUGAGAGCUGGAAGCACAAGCUGGUUUGGAAGAGAGGGGACAUACCCUUCCGUUACGGUUCAGCUGGGAAGUGGCUGCAUGUGGCGCCUUGAACAGUGGGUGCAUCUCCUCUGAAGUGUACAGGAGCGUCUAGUUU